UGCCAUUUCAUAGCUAACUCUUUGUUAUACUGAACUUGCUCUUCUUUGCUUCUUUCUCGUUUUAAUUUCAUGUCUUGCUCAUAACGAUAACUUGAAAGCCUUACGUUCAGAUAGAUAAUCAUUGACCAGUCCAUCCUAUAUCAUUCUAUUUAAUUUACAAAUGCUGAAAGAAAAACGCAAGCAAUCCAAAGAUGAAGAAAAUGAUUCAUCAUCGCGAAAGAGAAGAAAAGCUGACCUCACUGCCAUGACAGAGCCAGAGUCUUCUCGAUCUAGACCAGAAGGGGCCUAUGAUGUCUUCUUGAGUUUUAGAGGAGAAGACACUCGCAAGACAUUUACAGAUCAUCUAUAUACUGCCUUGGUCCAAGCAGGAAUCCACACUUUUCGAGAUGAUGAUGAACUUCCGAGAGGAGAAGAAAUCUCCGAUCAUCUCCUCAGGGCAGUUCAAGAAUCAAAGAUAUCCAUAGUUGUCUUCUCAAAAGGAUAUGCUUCUUCUAGAUGGUGUCUCAAUGAACUUGUAGAGAUUCUUCAGUGCAAAAACAGGAAAACCGGUCAGAUUGUUCUUCCUAUAUUCUAUGACAUUGAUCCUUCAUAUGUGAGAAAACAGAAUGGCAGUUUUGCAGAAGCAUUUGUUAAACAUGAAGAGUGUUUUGAAGAGAAGCUGGUGAAGGAGUGGAGAAAAGCUCUUGAGGAGGCUGGAAAUCUAUCUGGAUGGAAUCUCAAUGAUAUGGCAAGUGGGCAUGAAGCAAAAUUUAUCAAAGGGAUUAUCAAGGAUGUGUCGAAUAAAUUACGUCGCGAGUGCUUAUAUGUUCCUGAGCACCUGGUAGGUAUGGAUCUUGAUCACGAUAUUUCUGACUUUCUAAGUACUGCAACAGAUGAUGUACGCAUUGUGGGCAUACAUGGGAUGCCAGGAAUAGGUAAGACAACUAUAGCAAAAGUUGUAUUUAAUCAACUCUGCUAUAGAUUCGAGGGAAGCUGUUUUCUUUCGGAUAUCAAUGAAAGGUCAAAACAAGUUAAUGGUCUUGUUCUUUUACAAAAGCAACUUCUUCACGUUAUUUUAAAACAGGAUGUUGCAGACUUCGAUUGUGUUGAUAGAGGAAAGGUUCUGAUCAAAGAACGACUUCGUCGCAAAAGAGUUCUUGUUGUUGCUGAUGAUGUGGCUCAUCGGGACCAGCUAAAUGCAUUGAUGGGAGAUCGAAGUUGGUUUGGUCCCAGAAGUAGAGUAAUUAUUACAACAAGAUAUUCAAGUUUACUUCGUGAAGCAGAUCAAACAUAUCAGAUCAAAGAAUUGAAACCAGACGAGUCCCUUCAGCUUUUCAGUUGGCAUUCCUUUAAGGACACCAAGCCAGCAGAAGAUUAUAUUGAGCUUUCAAAGAAAGCAGUUGAUUACUGUGGAGGACUUCCUUUAGCUCUUGAAGUUAUAGGAGCUCUUCUGUACAGGAAAAACAGAGGUGAAUGGGAAAGUGAAAUUGACAACUUGAGCAGAAUUCCAAACCAAGAUAUUCAAGGAAAGCUUCUAAUAAGUUAUCACGCACUUGAUGGUGAACUACAAAGAGCAUUCCUUGAUAUUGCAUGCUUCUUUAUUGGUAUAGAGAAAGAAUACGUCGCAAAAGUGCUAGGAGCCCGUUGCCGUCUCAAUCCAGAAGUUGUUUUGAAAACUCUCCGUGAAAGGUCUCUGAUUCAAUUUCAUGAAUGUAUAAUUAAAGAUGAAAGGCAGUUAUUUGGAAGGACGGUAAGUGUAACCAUGCAUGAUCUAUUACGAGACAUGGGAAGGGAGGUCGUUCGUGAAUCGUCUCCCUUGCUUCUUGGAAAAAGGACCAGAAUUUGGAAUCAAGAAGAUGCAUGGAAUGUACUUGAGCAGCAGAAGGGUACGGAAGUUGUAGAGGGUCUUAAACUGGAUUUCAGAGCAUCAGAAGCUAAAUCACUGAGCACAGGAUCAUUUGCAAAAAUGAAAUGCUUAAAUUUACUCCAAAUCAACGGAGCACAUCUCACCGGAUCCUUCAAACUGCUUUCUAAAGAGUUGAUGUGGAUUUGUUGGCUUCAAUGUCCUUUGAAAUAUUUUCCAUCUGAUUUUACCUUGGACAAUCUAGCUGUUCUUGAUAUGCAGUACAGUAACCUCAAAGAACUAUGGAAGGAAAAAAAGAUUCUCAACAGGCUAAAAAUCCUUAAUCUCAAUCAUUCUCAGAACCUUGUUAAAACACCAAACUUGCUCAGUUCAAGUUUAGAGAAACUAAUUCUGGAAGGUUGCUCGAGUUUAGUUGAGGUGCAUCAAUCAAUUGGACAUUCGACGAGCCUUGUUUUCUUGAAUCUGGAGGGAUGUUGUAGUCUGAAGACUCUCCCUGAAAGCAUUGGUAAUGUAAAGUCUCUUGAAACUCUGAAUAUUUCUAGGUGUUCACAACUUGAGAAAUUGCCAGAACGCAUGGGUGAUAUGAAAUCCUUAACUGAGCUGCUAGCCGAUGGGAUUGAAAAUGAGAAAUUUCUCUCUUCAAUUGGACAAUUAAAGCAUGUCAGAAGGUUAUCAUUGCGUGGAUAUAGUUCUGCUCCACCAAGUUGUUCUUUGAUUUCAGCAGGCGUUUCGAAUUGGAAACGUUGGCUGCCAACAUCUUUCACUGAAUGGAGAUUAGUGAAACGUCUUGAGCUUUCUAAUGGUGGUUUGUCUAAUCGCGCAGUUAAUUGUGUUUAUUUCAGUGGUUUGUCCGCUCUAGAAGAAUUGAAUCUAAGAGGAAACAAAUUCUCUAGGCUGCCUUCUGGGAUCGGCUUCCUUCCCAAGCUACAGGUCUUGUUUGUUCACGGAUGCGAAUAUCUUGUAUCAAUCCCAGAUCUUCCCUCAAGUUUAAGCUAUUUGAAUGCAUCUUAUUGCGGAUCAUUGAAAAGAGUAAGAAUACCAAUCGAGUCAAAAAAAGAACUACAUAUAGAUCUAGAUCAAAAUCAUUCGUUUGAAGAGAUUCAGGGCAUCGAAGGUCAAAGUAAUAUUUUCUGGUAUAUUCGUGUUCAUGACAGUAGUCAGUUAUCAAAUAAAUUACAGAAGAGUUUUGUUGAGGCAAUGUGCAACGGUCGUCACCCGUAUCUUAUUGAGUGCAUUCCUGGUGAGAUGCCAAAAUGGUUGAGCUACAGGGGAGAAGGAUGCUCAUUGUCAUUCCAUAUACCUCCAGUCUUCCAUGGCUUAGUUCUUUGGUUUGCCUAUUCACUAGAGAAGGAAGAUUAUUAUUACUUCAACACUCACAUUAUUAUUAUUAUAAGAAAUAAAAGCAACGGUAUUCAAUUGCUUGAAGAUAUACGAACACCAGGAAUUGGGGGAUGGAUAAGAUACAUAAGUAGAAGUGAAAUGACAAUGGAAGAUUACUGUGGAGAUGACGAAUUGGAACUAUACAUUUCUUCAGAGCCCAACGGUGUUCCACUGCAACGCGUACACAUUAAAGAAUGCGGGGUCCAUGUGAUCGCAGGAAAGUCAGAUUCAUUUGAAGAGUCAGAAGUGAAAAGAGAUGCAGUGAUGCCUUCACCACUGUCAUAUCAUCUGCUUCCCCAUCCCCAUUGUGGUUCAAUUAGAGCGUCUACACCAGAGCAAUGGAGCGACUAUUUAUUUGCGAAGCUACGAGAACAUACACUCAGUUCAAGGCUUUAUGGUAAGAACAAAUAUUUCAUUUAGUUAUUUUUAUUCUAUUAUAUUUAAUUUAUGAGAUUAAAUAUUAUCUUUAAUUAUUUCAUUAUUAUUAUUUAAUAUAAAAAAAUUAAAUAUCAUUUUUAAUAAAAAUAUAUUAAAUAUUUAAGGCUUUUUGGUAAGAAUACAUAUUUCCUUUGGUUAUUUCUAUUUUAUUCUAUUUGAUUUAAGAGAUUAAAUAUCAUCUUUAAUUGUUACAUUUUUCUUAUUUAAUAUAAAAAAUAAAUAUUAUCUUUAAUAAUUAGAUCUAUCCAAUAUCACUUAAAAAAUAAAUUAUAACUUUAAUAAUUAUUUUUUGAAAAACAAAAAGCCAACAAUCACUAACAUAUUUUAUUAAAAUCACUUUAGUUUAUUUAGAAAAUAUUGAAAAUUGAUUUUUGUUUUUUUACAUUAAAAUUAAAAAAAUUGAAUAAUGUUUUUAUAUUUUAUUUCAAACUCGAUAUUUUAAAACAAAAAUGAAAAACAUGUGAUGUUAACCUUUUUUAUUAUAAAGUAAGUUUUUUAAUUGAAAGUGAUGGGAAUUUGUUCGUAAUAACAAUCAUGCACGUUUAACUUUCUUUUCAAACAUUUUAGUGUCAUUCAAUGAUCAAAAUUUGAUGGUUUUUUAAGGUCCGGAAGACUUGGAUUGAGGUGAGAGUAUACGAUCAUUUUACAUAGAGAUGCUUGAAGUUGCUCUAAAUAAGUACGGUACUUGUUGGCUUGAAGAACUGACAUGUUGAUAUGUAUUUGUUGGCUUGAAGAUCAUUUUCCAAGCUUGAAAGUUUUAUUGAAUGCUCUUUGAAAUCUUUUCCAUCCGCUUUUAUAAUGUUUUCAUUAUAAAUUUAUAUUUAUAAUGUAAUUUAUAUUUUCCAUCCAUGAUGUAAUUUAUAUUUUCAAGUUAUAAAUUUUGAUGAAUAUUGUUUCAUUUUUUUCCUCACUCAUUUCAAAAGAUGAAAAUCCUUGAUGUUAGUUAGAAAUAAAUUGGUUUUCUAGGAAGAGAUUAUUGAUUUGGAUAUAGUAUUUGAGUUUGUUCUUUAUCAUUUAAUGUUAUAAUUUAAAAUAAUUGAUGAAAAUUACCGAUACACAAGAAAGCUCUGAAAGCAUCCUUAAUUAGUCUAAUAAGUAAAGUGUUGUUAGUUUUGGCUAUAAGAUCUUCCUAUGUAUUAUUGCAUGGUUUUUACUAUUUUUUUGCAUUUUUUCUUUUUGUGUAUACAACUUUUGUUUUUCUUGCCAGUUUGUCAUUAGCUUCAGGGCACCAACACCAAUUAAUAAUAAAUUUCGGACUAUUAUUAAAUAAAAAAACAUAAACAUUGUUAAAACACCAAACUUGAAUGCAUUGAGUUGACUCACGUAUUGUUAUAUUGGUUUUGAGUUCAAAUAGACGUUUAAAAAGGGAGUUUUUCAUGAAUGCAACCCUUCAUGUAUUCAAUAUGAAUGAUGGAGAUUUUAAUGUCUUGUAAAUGCAUUCAUUUAUAUAUGGAUGAGUUUGCUAAGAAUUGAUUGGUAAAAAACUUGAAUGCAUCAACAAUUUUCCUUUUCUCAUUGAUUUUAAAUCUUCCAGGCAGAUAAAAUAGCAUUGGUUUUAUUCUGUUAAAAAUGGACCCAUUCAGCUUAGGCAUCAACAACAACAUGUUGCAUCCACAAUCUUACCACUACAUUAUAAUUAUAAACGAAACUAAAAAAAUAUAUUUAGGAGGACAGAGUUAACAGACAUGCACUAACACACACUGUGCAAAUCAGUGUAUAGCUGUUAUAACAAACAAGUGUACAAUCUGUUUUCUCCAACCUUCCAGCAUUAUUCUCCCGAGCAUAUACACAACCGAAUGUAUAGGCAAAUUAUGUGAGCAUAUUCUGUCAGCUCAAGAUUAGGCAAUUCUGUUAGCUCUGUUAUCUUUUGUUGUAUAUAUACGUGAAUGAUUGAUUCAAUAAAAUAAGCAAUUCUGUUAGCUCUGUUCUCUUUUGAUUCAAUAAAAUAAGCUUCUUCUCAUUCCUGCUCUUCAUGGUAUCAGAGCACUAACAUUAUCUUUCUCUCUUCUCAUCUGCCUCCUUUUUCUUUUCCUUUUGUCCUCUAGCUUCCAAUGCCUAUCAACACCACUAUCCUUAACACAAAUGAAUCUCACAGCACAUUGAUUACCAAUAAUGUAGCAGCCCAAUGUAGCAGCCCAAAUUCCAUUAAAACUUACCUCCACCAACUAUCUAGCCUGGAAACUUCAAUUCCAGACUCUAUUCAUUGAAACACCGCAAUUUUUCAUGAAAAAAUCCAAAGGAUUGGUACUUUGGUGUUUGUGGGGCUGGUAAAUGAAAGAACAGAUCAAGAGAUGAAAUCCCUCUAUACCGCUGUUAUUCCUUUCAAGGUGCGUAUCAGGUGUUUGAAAAACUUCCUCAACUGAAAAUAAAAAGGUCCUGUUUACAACCUUUUUUUAGUCCUUUUCAAAUCCUCCAAUGUGUUGCAUUUACUGAAUAUGAUAGUGGGAACUUAUUUAUCAAGAAUUACCUACUCAGAAGAAACUGUUAAGAGGCAAUAAUGAUUUUUUUUAUUUUAGAUUCCAUUGUCUACAAACUUGGAAGCAUACGGACCAGUCAGAAGACAACAUGUUUAUUUCACAUAUGGUUAUUCGAAUUCGUCUUAGUACAACAUUUUAUUCUUAAAAUGAUGGUAAACCAGAAACAACCAUCCAAUACUUGAAGAUCUGUUGAAGAUAUUGGGCCUUUGGAAAUUUUGAAGAGAAUUGGAGCAGUUGCUUAUGGAUUAGCUCUUCCACCCAGCUUUGUCAUCUAAACAUCACAUGUAUUGAAGCUUCUUCGUGCUCCAUCACAUGUAUGAUGGACAGUUCCAUGUAUCCAUGCUUGAGAAGUAUGUCAACGACAGUUCCAUGUAUCCAUGCUUUAGAAGUUAUCUCCGUGCUCCAUCACGUGUAUUGGAAUCAUAAACAGCAGCAUUUCAAGGAGAUAUGUCAUGUGAAAUUCGUUCUAAUGAGAUUGCUUCAGUGAAAGUAAUGUGAGAAGGCCAUCCGAGUGAUGAAGCAACACGAGAACCUGAGAAGAUGAUACGUAAUAAAUAUCGUUAUUUCUUCAUUCAA